AUGUACAAUCGACGCGACAAACCUAGCCAUAAUUUUACCUAUAACCUAUCAACGCUUGCUUUUCGAAAUGUUCAUCAUAUAGUUCGUCGUCAAAUACCAAUUGCUCGACGUCGAUUAGAUCAACAAAUGACAACAAUGGUACUUGUACGUGUUAUAAUAUAUGUUUGUUUUUUAUUACCAUAUGUUAUCUAUCGUAUUUAUGCCAUAAAUGUUCCUGUUACACAAAAUGAUCUUUUACAGUAUUCAAUCAGACAAUUAAUUCAAACUUUAUUUCAAUCUUUAUCUGCGGUGAACUUUACAAUUAGUUUCUAUAUUUUUAUACUAGUAUCACCACGAUAUCGUCGUCAAAUAAAAUUUCUUUUGAUAAGAAAAUAUUGGCGAAAAUGUAAAGCUUAUUGCUGUGGAAAUAGAAAUCAAAUUGGACCGAUGGCAAUAGAUCCAAUCGACGAAAAUAUAGAACUCGAAUAA